GCCAUGGCCUCCAACGACAUCUACCACGGUCAAGCCGCCCACGAGCCCGGCCUCGACGUCAAGCCGCACUCGUAUGCGGCCAAGCCGUUCGACGAAGAGUACGACAUUGAGGUCAAGGUGACCCACUGCGGCAUCUGCGGCUCGGACCUGCACACGAUCUCGGGCGGCUGGGGCCAGAUCAAGUACCCGCUCGUCGUCGGUCACGAGAUCAUCGGCCAUGUCGUCCGCAUUGGCUCCAAGGUCGACAAGACCAAGUUUGCCAUUGGCACGCGCGUCGGCGUUGGCGCCCAGUGCGAGAGCUGCCUCAACUGCGCGCAGUGCGACAAGAACAAGGAGCAGCUCUGUCCCGAGAUGCUCUGGACGUACGGCAGCACCAACAAGGCAGGGUAUGUGACCCAGGGCGGGUACGCCGACUACUACCGGUGCCACGCCAAGUUUGUGUUUCCGAUCCCGGCCGGUCUCCCGUCCGAGUCGGCGGCGCCCAUGAUGUGCGCGGGCGUCACGACGUACUCGCCGCUCAAGGCCCACGGCGCGGGUCCUGGCAAGAAGGUCGCGGUCCUCGGUAUCGGCGGUCUCGGCCACCUCGGUAUUCAGUGGGCUGUCGCGCUCGGUGCCGAAGUCACGGCGCUCUCGUCGUCGGCGGCCAAGGAAGACGAGUGCAAGAACGUGCUCGGCGCGCACCACUACCUCAACUACAGCGACCCGGAGGCUGUCAAGGCGGCGGCGCAGUCGUUUGACAUUCUGCUCUGCACGUCGUACGGCGACAAGACCAACUGGGAUUUUCUCUUUAGCCUCGUCGCAACGGAAGGCAAGUUUAUCCUCGUGGGCCUCCCGGAGAAGCCGAUUUCGUUCAUGGCGUUCUCGGUCGUGCCGCGUCAGAUCACGUUUGUCGGGUCGCUCAUCGGGUCGCCCGAGACGAUCGAAGAGAUGCUGGAGUUUGCUGUCGAGAAGAACGUGCGCUCGAUCGUGCAGGUGAUGCCCAUGGCCGAAGCGUCCGCUGCGUUGAAGAAGGUUCGUGCCGGCGAUGUCCGCUUCCGCAUUGUGCUUGAAAACUAAACACAAAUAUAAUAGACGCAUGUAUUGUAAUCCUCGUUUCCUCAUUGACACUGUGGUCACUGUUACUGACUACCAGGAGAAAGAGUCAAGUGCGUGGGCGUCCA